UCCCAGCAAUAUCUAACAUCGGGGGGGAUCCUGAUCCUCAAGACCCUACUACAUCAUUCUUUUGGGGGGAAUAAUGGAUCCUUGUUCUCCUGCUAGCCCUGAUCCGGCUUUGGAAUCAGAAAUCAGCAAGCCAGCUCCCCAGACCAGAGACCCCCAGGAACCUGCAAGAAGAGGGGAUCAUACAGGAGCUGCAGGAAGACACAGCUACCCUAUAACCACCACCAACAGAGGUCUGUCAAUAACCAAGAAGACUCACACAUCUCAAAUCGAAAUAAUUCCGUGCAAAAUCUGUGGAGACAAAUCAUCAGGGAUCCAUUACGGGGUCAUCACCUGCGAGGGUUGUAAGGGGUUCUUCAGACGAAGCCAGCAGAGCAACGCCACAUAUUCGUGUCCAAGGCAGAAGAAUUGUUUGAUCGACAGGACAAGCAGGAAUCGUUGUCAACACUGUCGGCUGCAGAAAUGCCUUGCUGUGGGCAUGUCACGUGAUGCUGUAAAGUUUGGCCGAAUGUCCAAAAAGCAGAGGGAUAGUUUAUAUGCCGAAGUGCAGAAACAUCGCAUGCAACAACAGAGAGACCACCAGCAGCAACCAGGGGAGGCAGAACCACUUACCCCUACAGGAUAUGGCCUGACUCCUAAUGGGCUGACAGAGUUACGGGAUGACCUGGGGGGAUACAUGGAAGAGCACACACCAGAUGAAGGCAAGAACGAGUCAGCAGUGAGCAGCUUUUACCUAGAUAUCCAGCCGUCUCCUGAUCAGUCGGGCUUGGACGUCAAUGGCAUCAAACCUGAGCCUCUCUGCGAUUACACACCACCAUCAUCCUUCUUCCCCUACUGCUCAUUCACCAAUGGAGAGACAUCCCCAACCGUAUCUAUGGCAGAACUUGAACAUCUCGCUCAGAACAUCUCUAAGUCUCACAUGGAAACCUGCCAGUAUUUGCGUGAGGAGCUGCAGCAGAUAACAUGGCAGACCUUUCUCCAAGACGAGAUUGAAAGUUACCAGAGCAAGCAGCGGGAAGUUAUGUGGCAGCUUUGUGCAGUAAAAAUCACAGAGGCCAUACAGUAUGUGGUUGAAUUUGCCAAACGCAUUGAUGGAUUCAUGGAGCUGUGUCAGAAUGACCAGAUAGUGCUGCUGAAAGCAGGCUCAUUGGAAGUUGUUUUCAUCCGAAUGUGUCGUGCCUUUGAUUCUCAGAACAACACGGUGUAUUUUGAUGGAAAAUAUGCAGGCAUCGAAGUCUUUAAAUCUUUAGGUUGUGAAGACUUCAUGAGUUUUGUGUUUGAGUUUGGAAAGAGUUUAUGUUCGCUGCACUUGACAGAGGAUGAAAUAGCUCUAUUCUCUGCUUUUGUUCUCAUGUCAGGAGAUCGCUCAUGGCUGCAGGAGAAGUUGAAGAUCGAGAAACUUCAGCAGAAGAUCCAACUCACACUGCAGCACGUUCUUCAAAAGAACCAUCGUGAGGAUGGAAUCCUAACAAAGUUAAUAUGCAAAGUCUCCACCCUGCGUGCGUUGUGUGGGCGUCACGCAGAGAAACUCAUGGCGUUUAAAGCAAUAUAUCCAGACAUUGUGAGACAUCACUUCCCUCCCCUCUACAAGGAACUUUUUACCUCUGAAUACGAGCCAGCCAUGCAGCUCGAGGGAUAGAAGAGCCUACAACUGACACCUGGAAUACACAAAAGUUUCUUGAGAAUAUAGUCGUGCACACACUUGUGUAUGUGGACAUGAGAAAGAGGAACCAAGACACUUUACGCAAAUCUGGGUACUGGAGGAGAGGGGUGACAUGCAGAGACAUUUGUCCUUGACCUCUCUCCCCCCCAGGGAUAUUGUUUACAGGAUGUUUUGGAGAGAGUUUAAGGACCAAUCACAAGGCAGGCUGGUAAGAGAACCACACCUGCAUUUUUAACCAUGAGACUUCUGAGGUCUCUAGCAAUACAAGCAAAGUAAUAUUUAUAUAUAUAAAUAUAUGUAUUACAGGGUACUUGGGCAUGAACAUUUAUAUGGCUAAAGAGAUCUUGUUUAAGUGUAGGGGCCAGAUGUAGGCUUCUUCUGGUCUUUCAAUAUGGCACUUUUUUGUUUUGCACCUUUUUACUAAUUCCUACUGCUCUUCUCCCUUUUGUUUAGUGAAUGUGUUUUUGUUGUUUGUUUUUCUCUGUUUUCUUUAAAAAAUUUAUUUUCAUGUGCACAUCAGGAAAUCGAGACUUAGUGAAAAAGCAAUAGAUUUUUGGGAGUGUUUGGAGCGGUUAUUGCUGCUGUAUUAUUCUUUUUUUUUUUUUUUUUUUUUUUGAGGGAUUGGUUUAGGGAAAGGCUGGUCCGAAAAAACUGUUUACGAUUCCCAUAAUGAUGGUACCAGCAGGGUUUAAAAAGGGCCCUGUGGCAUGACAAUGGGAUGUGUAACCAGCCAGGUGUUUGAAUAUAUAAAGGAACAAUUGGUGUGUAACACUGCAAUGGGAUGGACUAAGUACAUAUGCCAUUGAUUCCACAUGUCUCAUUGUGUCACCUUGCAUUACCGUUACAGUACAGAACCAUGGUAAAAAAAAAAAAAAAUGCUAAUAACUUUUAUCAGAUAAAACUUUUUAUAAUUUUAUUCCCACUUUUAUUCAUACGGCUACCAGAGAAACAAAAAUGGAUUACAAUCCUAUCGUUGCUCAAACAUUUCACAUCAGUCUAGUGUGUUUUCUUGAAUGCAGAGGUAAAUGACACCAAAUGCUGGCAAGUAAUGUUAUAUUUCACAUAUACAAAACUCCCAGCAGAAAGUUUACUAAGUUUUUUUUUUUUUUUUUUUCACAUUUAGUCCAAAACCAUUUUUUUAUAAACAGCCAAACAAAUGAACUUUUCAAGUGACUAGUCCUCUUCAGAGGUGCCACUAGUUUAAACAAACCGAUCUGUUAUUGGUCUGGUUAGAUAGCUAAACAGUAGGAAACCCCAAGUGUUCUUUAAAUCAUAGAAUCCGAUAUUAUUGUUCCAUGACCCUGUUUGUGUUUCAUCAGAACAUUUAAAAAUCCCUUUCAAAUAAAAUACAGCAAUGCAUGAACGUACAGAGCCCACAAAGUAUACAUACUUACUUGACAAUGAUGCAUUUUAAUUCCCUGUUAGUGUAGCUUCUAAACAUGGUUUGUUAUCCCGGAGUUGAGAUACCCAUAUACCUUAGUUGGUUAAAAAAAUGGACAAAUUUGAAUAAAAAAAAACAUUCUACAGGUAAAAUUUAACAACCAAUUUCAAUCUAUCCAUAUUUUGCUUUGCAUUGUGUUAUCUUAGUAUAGAAUCUGUCUAUGUACAGUUAUUUCCCAUAAAUAUGAACUAGCCAUCAUAACCAAGAUUCACUACCAUUGAAGAUCAUGUUUUCAUAGAUUUAACAGCAAUUAACUUGCUAAAUGCAUUAUUUAUUAUUUCCUGUUAACUUAUUAUUACAAAACAAGGUUCAUAUUAGCACACAGAUUUAAUAACCUCUCCAGCCCUUCUAGCCGCCAGAUAUCAUUAUCUGGAGUCAGAGGCUGUAGCUAGGCUUUCUAUCAUCAGGGGCAUAAAUUCAGUUUGCUGCUCUAGUCCUGUAUCUAAAUACUCUAACAUAAGGCAACAUGGCAUAUUGGCAUUACCCCCCCCCC